AGUGACGUAAAGGAAGGGACCCGGAAGUAAACAUCCAUGAAGCUGUUGUUUGUAGAAAAUGGUGUACGUGUCCAACGGUCAGGUCCUGGACAGCAGGUCCCAGUCACCUUGGCGAUUGUCAUUAUUGGCCGAUCUCUUCUGGGGAGCAGUGGAAUUCGUCAGCCUAUUUUUUAGGACAUUGGUUCACCCAGACCUGACAAAGGAUGGAAAUAGUAAUACAUCACGCUUCAGUGAUGGCAGAGGCCCUCCAGGUCCCCCUGGUGGCAGAAGGCGGAUGGGAAGAAUAAACCAUGCUGCCGGUCCAAACGCCCCACCAAUGGGUGGAGGAGGAUGAGGAAGGUAAACGCCUACACGUCUCGUGUAGGCGCGGGGCUCGGCCAGUCUGUUUGAUAAGAAUUUAAGGAUGGUGACAUCAUGGUGCUGAAGCCCCCCUUUCAUUGGCUGCCACUGCCAUGAGCAGUUUCUUGACGCUUUUCUGGGAAUUCCUACACGUAGGGGCCAGAAUGGCUGAUUUAGCAGUCAGUUGCAUCACUUCCUCCCUUUUUCCUACUUCUGCCCUUCCACAUUAGUCUCUCAGAAAUGGUUAUCAUUGAAAUCUCAGUCAUGCUGAUCCGUCAUGGGAAUAGAAUGUUAGUUUGUGUUUUGUAGCUUUCAGUUUAAAUAAAAA